UAUUUCGGCUGUACGAGCAAAUACAAUGGAUGUUCGACAGUGGGCUGCUUUGUUUCUGUGUUUCGUUCCUCUGUCAUCAGCGCAGCGUCCUAACAUCGUGUUUAUUGUGGCAGAUGACUUAGGCUGGAAUGAUAUUGGUUACCGGAAUCCUGAUAUGAAGACCCCAAACCUCGACAAACUAGCCACAGAAGGAAUCAUCUUCGAGAAUGCAUAUGUCCAGCCUCUGUGCAGUCCAUCACGAACCACUUUCAUGAGUGGAAUGUUUCCCUUCCAUGUUGGCAUGCAGCAUAAGGUCCUGCUCCCUGGCCAAGCAGUGUGUGUGCCCCUCAACUAUACAUUCCUGCCCCAGGAACUAAAGAAACUCGGCUAUGCUACACACAUGAUCGGAAAAUGGCAUCUGGGUUUCUGCAAGAGGGAGUGCACACCGACCUAUCGGGGUUUUGACUCUUUCUUUGGUUAUUAUAAUGCAGCUGAAGACUAUUUCAAUCACAAUGUGGAUGGAUAUCUGGACUACAGGGACAAUGAGCUUCCCGCACGAAACUAUUCUGGGGAGUAUUCUGCUUUCACGUUCGUCCAGAGAGCCGUUGAUAUCAUCCAUCAACAUAACGUGUCACAGCCGCUGUUUAUGUACCUUCCUUAUCAGAAUAUUCAUGCUCCUCUCGAGGUGCCAAAGAAGUAUGAAGAUAUGUAUCCUAAUGUGAUCAACGAAGGGCGAAGAGUGCUAUGUGGAAUGGUGUCUGCCCUGGAUGAGGCAGUGGGAAAUGUCACCAAAGCCCUGAAGGAUCGGGGCUUGUUUGAAAAUACACUGAUUCUAUUUACCACAGAUAACGGAGGUCCUAUUGAUGGUCACGCUAACAACUGGCCUCUGAGAGGAGGAAAGCACACCAUCUGGGAGGGGGGUACGAGGGGGACAUCCUUCAUGUAUGGUGCUGGGCUUCAGAAGACAAGGACGACAUACGAUGGGAUGAUCCAUGCCGUUGACUGGAAACCGACUUUAGUGACCGCUGCUGGAGGAACUCCAGAAACUACCAUUGACGGAAUGAGUCACUGGGAUUCUAUUCGAAGUGGUCUUCCGUCGUCAAGGACAGAGUUCAUCUAUAACAUCGACGACAUGGAGGUUCCAGUCGAAGGGCAUGCUGGUAUAAGAGUAGGAGACUACAAACUGAUCAUGGGAUACCCUGGAGGCCCUGAUGGUUGGCACAGACCCAUGAACAGGACCCAGGAUGACAUAUAUGUACAGAGAGUUUACCUCAAGGGAGAUCAACCAGUACAGCUCUUCAACAUUCGAGAGGAUCCGACUGAGCACAACGACCUUGCACAACAGAUGCCAGACAUGGUUGCCAAGUUGCGUGCCCGGUUUGAGGACUACAAGAAGACGAUGGUGCCGGCUAAUUUCCCCAAACAAGAUCCUGCAUCUGAUCCAAGAAAGUUUGGGAACGCUUGGAGUUCAGGGUGGUGCUAAUUGGGUGUAUUGCUGUGAAUAAAUGGACCAAAUUCUAUCGGUA